AUGGCGAAGCCGGUGGCAUCUUUGUGCUGGAAGGACGCUGAUGAAGAGGCUGCCGAUCGUAUCACGAUAGCACCCGGUGGCAUUGGAAGUGACAUGAAUCGGGAAAAGAAAGUCGAUAGGCAUUCGAGCCAGCGAACGAUCGAUCCGAAGUCUGCCAUUCCUAUUGAAUAUCGGAGCCUUUCCUUCGAAAUCGAGGAUGACGGUGAAAGAAAGCGGCGGUUCAAACGCCAAGGAGAAAAAGAAAAAAUGGCUGAAGAAUGGCAAAAUAUCGAUUGGCAUAUAGUACCUGCUGAAGAGAUCCAAAAACGCCUCAACGUCGAUGCAUCAGCGGGCAUCUCCGAAGCCUCGGCUAAGGAGCGACUGCAGAAGUAUGGUCUGAACAAAAUUUCGCCGUUGCCAAAUCCCUGGUUCUGGAAGAUCGUCGGCUACUUUUUCAAGGGAUUUGGAUCGAUUCUGCUCGCUGGUGGAAUCUUGGUCUUUAUAUCAUGGAAGCCCCUGGGCCAGCCACCUGCAGUUGCGAACUUAGCUUUGGGUAUUGUCCUCAUCGCGGUAUUCGUCAUUCAAGCCGUGUUCAAUGCCUGGCAGGACUACUCUUCCUCCCGUGUGAUGGCCUCAAUCACAGCAAUGCUUCCGGAAUCCUGUCUUCUUCUUCGCAGUGGUUCCCGGGUAGAGGUUUCUGCUACCAAUAUUGUUCCCGGGGAUACUUUGAUCAUCAAAGCAGGAAGCAAGAUUCCAGCUGACGUACGUUUUAUUGACGUAUCACAUGAUAUGAGUGUGGACAGAUCUGUGGUCACUGGAGAAUCAAAGCCAACCAAGGGUAGUGUGGAGUCGACAUCUGACAAUUACCUCGAAACAAGAUGCAUCGGUCUACAAGGAACUCACUGUGUUUCUGGUAGUGGGACUGGUAUUGUCAUUGCUACCGGCGAUUCCACGGUCUUUGGUCGAAUUGCCAAGUUGGCAGGUGAGCCAAAGACAGGUCUUACUUCUAUUGAAAAGGAAGUCCUUCGAUUUGUGGCUCUUAUAUUUAUCAUCAUGGUAACAUGGAUCAUUAUCCUGGCUGCUGUCUGGGGUGGUUGGCUUCACAAGGCCCAUCCCGACUACAUCAAUGUGCCUACACUCAUUGUUGACUGCGUGAGCGUUGCAAUCGCCUAUAUUCCCGAAGGUCUUCCGAUUGCAGUCACAGCUAGUUUGACAAUUACAGCAAACUUGAUGAAGAAGAAUCAAGUUUUAUGCAAGUCUCUCAAGACCGUCGAAACUUUGGGCUCGGUGUCAGUCAUUUGCACUGAUAAGACUGGCACAUUGACCAGAAAUCGAAUGGCUGUUACAGAUUAUGCUGUGCAAGUAACGACAUCCACAUUGGAUGCCACGGGUGACCACACAGCUGCAAGAUUGGAUCGCUCUGUUCUUCAACAACUGCAGGCCAUAGCUGGCCUUUGCAAUGCUGCUGAGUUUGAAAAUGAAUCGAUCAAAGGUCCACUCAGUGAACGACGCAUUUUCGGCGAUGCCACCGACCAAGCUAUUCUGAGGUUUUCAGAGAGCCUUGGCUCCGUCACUGAGCUGCGCAAAUCCUGGCAUACGAUAUUUAAUCUUGCUUUUGACAGUAAAAACAAAUUCAUGAUAAAAGCCAUGAAGCCAGUCAGCCCUGAAGCUUCUGUCACUUGUCUGUCUCCUGGAGAAUCCAUGAAUACUGACUCUAUCUUUCUUACCAUCAAAGGAGCCCCGGAUAUCUUAAUCGAACGAUGCUCGCAAGUUUUGUGCCCCGAUGGCGAACUGAGACCCCUAGGCAAUGACGAUCUAGCGGCGAUAAAAUCCUUGAAAGAUCAAUGGUCUUCCAAGGGCAAACGUGUGAUUCUGCUUGCGCGUAAGCUUCUCGCCCAAGACAGCUUACCGGCUGGGCCUAGCUCCUUGGAGUUUGAGUCCCACAUGCUGCGCGAAGCUGGAAAAGGUCUGACAUUAGUUGGCUUGGUUGGCUUAAUUGAUCCACCGCGGGCUGAAAUAUCAGAGGUCAUUCGGAUCUUACGUCAGGCCCAGAUACGAGUCUUCAUGGUCACCGGCGAUUUCGGACUUACGGCCUUGGCUAUUUCCCGUCAGUGUGGCAUUGUCGCCACCGAUUCGGUCCAUGAUGCAUCCGCUCUUCGGAAAUAUCCGACUACGAGCGAAAAGCACGUGGAUGUAUCCCAAUCUGCCUUGCUUGUUAGUGGCCCGGAUUUGAUGACCCUGAACGAAUAUCAAUGGGAUCAGCUGUGCAGGUAUCCUGAGAUUGUGUUCUCUCGUACUACUCCUAACCAGAAGCUACGAAUUGUUCGUGAGUUCCAAUCGAGGGAAGAAAUUGUCGGCAUGACAGGAGACGGUGUCAACGAUGCCCCUGCCCUUAAAGCUGCCGAUAUUGGCAUCAGUCUCGCCAGCGGUUCUGACAUCGCUAUCGAGGCUGCUGACAUGGUCCUGCUCGAUUCUUUCGCAGGAAUUGUUGAAGCCGUUCGAUAUGGACGUGUGGUUUUUGACAAUCUCAAAAAGACUGUCGCCUAUCUUCUGCCGGCAGGUUCAUGGUCCGAGUUCUGGCCCGUGUUUUGCAAUCUAGUUUUCGGAAUCCCUCAAAUCCUGUCAUCUUUCUUGAUGAUCAUCAUUUGUUGUUUCACGGAUUGUGCCGCUGCCGUGGCCCUAGCAUACGAGGCUCCAGAAGCAGACGUGCUCUUCCGCCCGCCUCGGCAUCCAACCAAAACACGACUUGUCGACUGGAAGCUCCUGUUUCAUUCAUAUGCUUUAGUUGGCAUGAUUGAGACAGCCCUCUCAUUUACCAUGGCUUUUUGGUACCUACAGAGGAACGGAAUUCACUUCUCUGAGCUCUGGUUCAAAUUCGGUGAUUUGCCCCCGGGGGUUGAUGCAGAUUACUACACGGCCAAAGUCAACGAAGCAAGCUCGAUCUACUUCAUGAAUCUCGUCAUCAUGCAAUGGUUCAACCUGAUGGCAGUCCGCACGCGCUUUCUUUCGAUUUUCCAGCAUCCUCCAGCAUUGAACAAGUUGACGCAGAACCUGUAUCUGUUUCCUGCUAUUGCAUUUGCGCUGGGAAUCUCGGUCAUUUGGCUUUAUGUUCCUAGCCUGCAGGUGGUCCUUGAUACCUCGGCUAUUCCUGCUGAGCACUAUUUCCUCCCCGCUGCUCUAGGCCUUGGGCUUUUGUGUCUGGAUGAAGGAAGAAAAGCUGCUGUUCGUCGCUGGCCUCGGGGGCUUUUGGCCAGGAUGGCGUGGUAG